AUGGAUGAAAACGUUCUGGAGAUUUCAAUAGCUGGAUCACGAACAAUCAGAGAUAGAUACACGGAAUACGAGAUUAUGUGCAUAACAAACAGUAAGGCGUUUGGAAAGUGUUAUACAAAAGUUUACAGGAGAUACAGCGACUUUCUUAGGUUACAUUGUCGGUUAAGAUGCCUUGUGGAGAUCUUGCCUGAAUUUCCAAAGAAGAAAUGGAAGAAGCUCUGCAGGAAUGUUGUAGAGGAAAGAAUGAAGAUGUUGGCUAUUUAUAUGAAGUUUAUAUGUGACUACGUUCUGCAUAAAGAAGAUAAUGCGGAGAAGAUUGAGCAAGAUGUUGCAAGCUUUAUGAAAGACAAAGGUACUGAAACAUUUAAACACAAUACAUUAAAUCACAGCAAUUAA